GUGUUCUUCAGAAAACUGUCAAACUGGCCAGAGGAAAAUUGUGUUUGUGAAUUCAAGCGAUUUUCGUGUGCUUUCUAGAAAUAUGGCUUCGAUAAAUGAUCUACCGAACGAAAUUUUAGAGUUUAUAUUCAGUUUGCUUCCUCCGUACCAGGAUCUCGAACAAUGUGCCUCAGUUUGCAAGCGAUGGAUCGCCCUAGCCAACAAUGUACGAAUACGGAAGAAAGCUUGCCUACAGAAAGGACUCAUGGAUUUCAACCUUUGCUGGCGGCAGGAGGUGCUGAGUGGACAGAACCCUAGCAUUGCUGCCCGUUUCGCUCAUGCGAGCUCGUUGCAUCGCAAUUCUAUGUACGUUUUCGGGGGAGCUUCGUCAUACGAUACAACUUUCAACGAUUUAUGGCGCUUCGAUUUGAGCAGAAGGGAGUGGAUCCGACCGAUUUCGAUGGGCACUUAUCCAUCCCCUAAAGCUGGAGCCUCGCUGGUUUGUUACGGCGAUUUGUUGGUGCUAUUCGGUGGCUGGAGGCACUCGUAUACGCCUUUUCAGAUGUGUACCCUUUUCGAUGAACUCCAUGUAUAUAACGUUACAGAUAAUAGAUGGACAAUACAUAAUUUGGCCUUCGGUCCACCUCCUAUGACUGGCCAUUCUGCCACGGUGCACGAUAACAAGAUGAUUGUCUUUGGUGGUUACCAGAAAACGAUGGAAAACAUUGGAACAACAAACGACAUCUGGGUGUUGGAUUUGGAAAAAUUAAUGUGGAAAAGGCCAACGGUAUCCGAGCAGAAGCCACCGGCACGAUACGGUCAAUUUCAAAUGGCUAUCGGAAAGGACUACAUCCUAGUACUAGGCGGCACGGGAGGAGUUAACAGGAUUUUCAACGACGCCUGGCUGUUGGAUAUGCGAUCGGAUGUCUGGCGCUGGAGAAAUGUUCAAGUCAAAAACAAAAAGAGUACCGUUACACAUAACUGGAGCUAUCCAGCAUGUAACGUUGGAUCGAAGAUAAUUGUGCUGGGCCCAACGUCACCGAACGACUUUCAAAUAAUCCGUCAACAUAGACCAACCAAUCACGGUCUACACCCUCCAAAUCUAGGAAGACCAAGACCCGGAGGAAAUCCUGCCGACCGUCCCAGGGUUGCUGGCAAUGAACCAAACAUUCCCCCUCGUCAAAAUCCCGUUCGUUCUCCACCCCCUCCACCACCACCGGCACCUAUUAUGCCAACGGCUCCCCGGGCACGAACACCUUCUCCUACAGGUGUGCUUCGUCAGCCAAUCGACCCUCAACCUGGCCCUUCCGGAAUAUCCAAUCCUAGCCCACCGUCUCAGGCACCUCAAGCUGGUCCUUCUAGACCGCUUCCUGCUAUUAGAAGUCCCAUCUAUCAUCGGCAACAAUUAGAUGACGAUCAUUUGCUACCCAAACGGUUCAACCAAACUCCACCGGAGCAUGGCCACAUGGCAAUGGCUGCCUUCAGUGUACGGCCAGCAAAUCAGCCUGCUCUGCAAGCUUCUCGUGAGCGACAGCUGGAAAGGCUUCGUAAAAUGGAGGAAAAAAUUUCGGCCAUGCGACGGAUCAAGGAACAAGAACAGCGCGAACAGGAGCAAGCAGCAGCUGCGGCGGCCGCAGCCGUUGCCAAGGCAGCAGCUGCUGCCGCGCAGGAGUCAUCGGUCACUCCCAAAAGAAUAAAACGCAACGGAUUAGCAAUUUAUGUCUGCGAUAUUUCCCAGUUGCUGGCUAACGAUGGUAAAGCUCCCGUUAUCGAGUGGCAGGAGCAGAAAAACAGCGGUCUCAUCGCAGGGGCACCUGAUCAUUUUACAUUCUCUACCAUGGUUAGCGGAACCGGAGAGCUGAUCGUGUUUGGUGGAUUAAACAAAAACCCAAAAUCGGAAAGUUCAAGUGUAACCAAUAUAGUGCACUUUUUAACAGUUCCAACCGCGGUCGUGUAGGAGCAAGAUGUACAUAUAAAUUAAAUAACGUUCACGUAGUCAUAAAUAAUGUUGCUAGGCUUAGCAAUUUUUGGUUUAAAAUUCAAUCUCUGGUAAUCGAAAAAUAUUAUUCAAAUUAUUAAGCUGAUGUUCACGCGUUGAUUUCCAAUAAAAAAAAACCUCGCUGUC